CAUAACAUUGGCAUUGCGCGUCAAAAGUGCAAACCCACACAAAACAACGUUCCGGCACUAAAUUGUGAAACGGCAUCGGCAAACUUUCGCAAAAUUUCAUUAAAGAAGUGCGAGGAUUUUGUAGUGUUUCGCCUGUUUGAAUUACAUGCACGUCAUGCUUCGAGAUUGGGUCCCGCUGUCUGCCUUUGUGCUUGUAUUUUUAGUUUUUGAAGAAUGCAGUGCCUGGACUGCCCGCGGAUGCGUUGAUCUAGAUUCUUCAACCUUUGAUAAAGUGGUGAAAAAGUUCCGCUACACGUUGGUUAAGUUCGAUACGGCCUUUCCUUAUGGCGAUAAACAUGAGGCUUUUACCAGCCUAGCACAGCAGGCGGGGAGCAACGAUGAAUUGCUGUUUGCAUUGGUCGGCAUUAAGGAUUACGGAGAAAAGGACAACACGGACUUGGAAACACGGUUUAGCAUACCGAAAGAGUAUCCGGUCGUUAAGCUAUUCUCGCACAACAUCGAUAAACCGAUCGACUUCCCUACUAGCGAGGAAAUCAGUGCAGAUAGUUUGCGCCUUUUUCUGAAGCGCAACACCGACCUGUACAUUGGUUUACCGGGUUGUAUACAGAGGCUAGAUGAUUUUGUGCACACGUUUCUGCAUUCGUCUGACAAUGUAGAGAAGCAAUCCAUGAUCGAUCAAAUUGAAACCCUCGGCAAAGCACUAGACGAAACGGAUCAGUUUAAAACAUCUUACAAAACGUACGCCGCCUUGAUGCGAAAAACCCUGCACUCGAACAAACCACCCAGUGUCGUGGUACAAGAUGAAAUGGAUCGAAUAGGGAAAAUAUUGCAGAGCAAACUGAGUGACACUAAGCGAAAUGAUUUGAAACUACGAACCAACAUAAUGCAAUCAUUCCUAUCGGAAAGCACUACAAUCACAUCUGCUCAUUCGAGCGAACUGUGAAUGGAAAAUAAAAAAAAUGAGAUUUUAAAUUAUCUAUUGGUACUCCCAAAAGUUUCAACAAAUAUCUAGCAGUUUUCUCUGAUCAAUAGUUUUCUUUCGUAUUUAUAUCACAUUACGGAGAGGUGUCGGUGAACAAAGCAACCUGAUUUCAAAAGCCACUCGAAAUACGCAAUCAUAUGAAUUUUUGGGCAAUUUUUU